UCAUUUGCACUAACCAAGAAAGACAAUAAGGAAUUAGAAACUAUAGUCUCAUAGAUCAUGACAGAAGUGAUCCUCCAUGUUUACGAUAUAACCAAAAGUGACAGUCACGAUGCACUCAACUUCGGUGUAGUCCAAAUGAACAGGCUUCUCAAAGACAGCAUCAAUUUCGGUGGCAUUUUCCACACGGCCGUCGAAGUUUAUGGCAACGUGGAAUGGGCCUACGGGUCCUGCGAGAAAGGCAGCGGGGUUUUCAGCUGCCCCGCUGCCAAAAACCCCAAUUACACGCAUAGAGAAAAGAUUGUAAUGGGCAGAACAGAGUGCUCUGCCCCCAAAGUCAAUGAGAUCUUGAAGGAUCUUCGUGAUGCGUGGCCCGGCAACAAAUAUGACAUGGUGUCUAGGAACUCGAAGCAUUUCUGCGACGUGUUCCUGGAGAAAUUAGGCGUUCCCAAGCUUCCUAAUUGGGCUAACAGGUUUGCUGAUAUUGGUGGUUUUGCAAAGGACGCAGCUGGGACUGUGGUUAAAGCGAAAGACAAAGCGUUUAAACUUGCGUUUCAUCCAGUUGAUUUUGCUUUCAGCAUUACUACUGCUAAUAAACCCUCAAAAGCAAUAGAUAUCCCCAGUGAGUUUGGUUUCAGCUUGAAAUGUGCUGUUAGCCGUUUCAAGGUCGCGGCACCUGUUAUCCGCUCUGAUCAAUGACAAGCACGGCUACGUACAUGCAUGCCUAAUUAAGACUAGCUACAAGUAUAGAAAUAUGUAUCUCUGCGCUACUCCUUUAUGACGCAGUUCUAUGUUGGUCUUAUCCUCUAAAAUACGCUACUACUAUUGAAAACUUUGACACGAGUACAGUGGCAUUUGAAAAGGAUCCGAGCAACGUGAAUGUAAUUUGUACUACUCCUUUUGCUUACUAGGAGUACUACUUAAUUAGUACGUAGUUAUCACUACUUGUUCCUCUGAUUUACAGCUACGAUUAUUAUAUGAAUAAAACUGGUUGCAUGCAUGAUGAUAGAAAUGCAUAGAUCAACUUCAAAUUA